AUGUCCUCCGACGGAUCCCUCUACCUCUCCUCUGUUGAUGACACCCUCGUCGACGAACGAACAUUGUCGCUUCCCAGUUACCUUCGCUCCCCCACUGUGUCAGAAGUAGGGGACUUCGAAGCCCGAUACAUUCGGGAAGAGACUCGCAUGCUUAGCAUGUUAGAACAAGAGGACCAGAUGGAAGAAGUAGAAAGGAGGUAUCAGGCUCGGGUCGACGCUAAUGCAGCAGAAGAAGCAGCCGCAGCACAGACUCCUGGGUCCCCCGUCAUAGAUAUAUCCACAUCCUCGUCAUCCUCUCCCUCACCGCCCCCUUUGAUCCGAGAAGCUAACGAAGGCAUCAUCUUCCCGGAUAGGGAAACUUACCUCACGACCCCCAUCGUGUAUAUGAUGGGACUUAUCGAGGGGACACCUAACACAGAGUUCGUGUCAGGACCGACUAGACCGGAGAUUCAGAGGACGUUGGAGAUCUUAGAAGAAGAAAGGAGUUUCGUUUGA